CAAGAAGCCGAAGAAAAAGCACCAGCUCAAAACCCAAUGCGAGAGCUUCGCAUCGAAAAACUAGUUCUAAACAUUUGUGUAGGCGAAUCCGGAGACAGAUUAACUCGAGCCGCAAAAGUGCUCGAACAAUUAACCGGCCAAACGCCAGUCUACUCAAAAGCUCGGUACACUGUACGUUCGUUCGGUAUCCGACGUAACGAAAAAAUCGCGGUCCACGUCACGGUUCGUGGUCCCAAAGCCGAGGAAAUCUUAGAGCGUGGUCUAAAAGUAAAAGAGUACGAACUGAAAAAGAGUAACUUCUCGCAGACCGGGAAUUUUGGGUUCGGUAUCCAGGAACACAUUGAUCUUGGUAUCAAGUAUGAUCCGUCGAUUGGUAUUUAUGGAAUGGAUUUUUAUGUGGUGCUUGGAAGGCCUGGACAACGUGUCUCGAGGAGGCGACGUGCUCAGACUAAGGUUGGUUCUAAUCACCAAGUGACAAAAGAUGAGACGAUCAAAUGGUUUAAGCAACGGGCAGAAUUCAUCAAAGCCGCGGAAGAAGCCAAAGUUUUGAAAAAAAAGCCAAAUAAUGACGAAAUGCUAGAAUUGUAUGGACUGUACAAGCAAUCUAUUCUAGGUGACAAUGACACUAAGAAACCUGGCGGCUUUAGCUUUACGGAUAAAGCUAAAUGGGAAGCGUGGGAAAAGAAAAAAGGAACAUCAAAGGAACAAGCACAAGCAGAAUACAUUACUCUCGUACAAGAACUCAAGCUUAAAGAUGCAUAA